AUGCCUGCUCUACCUUUCCCUCAAAAGCAAAGUAGAGAAAAGCUGGACAAGCAGUUUGAGAGAUUACUGGAUGUGCUGAAACAGGUUCAAAUCCUUAGAAAGAAGAGAAAAAUAGGGGAGACUUCAGUGGUCAAGCUCACAGAGCAUUGCAGUGCAAUAUUGCAAAAUAAACUCCCACAAAAGUGUGGAAAUCCAGGGAGUUUUACUAUACUUUGCUCUGUAGGAACCAUUCAUUUUGAUAAAUCCUUAUGUGAUUCUGGUGCUUCAAUUAAUUUAAUGCCUCUAUCUAUUUAUAGAGAACCGAAGAAAGAGAUUGGAGAGAUAAGGUCUGCAACCAUAUCUUUGCAGCAGGCACAUCAAACGACUAUAAUACCCGAGUGGAUAGUGGAAGAUAUGUUAGUUCGGGUGGGUAAGUUCGUAUUUCCUGUGGAUUUUAUAGUAGUAAAUAUGGAGGAAAAUAAGGAGGUCCCCCUCAUACUAGGUAGAUCAUUCUUAGCAACGGGUAGAGCGAUAUUAGAUAUACAUGAGAGAAAACUCAUGCUUAGAGUGGGCGAGGAGACUGUGACUUUUAAGAUGGAUGUAGAAAAAGGGGCACAGAAGGACAAACGAGCUAUGGGUAUUGAGUGGAAAGUGAAGAGCUCGAAAGAGAAGGCUGCGGUGAGCGAAAAAUAUAAGUGUUGGGUGUACCUCAAGAAGGCCAAAAAGAAGCUGUCCGCAUGGAUGUGUGCAUUAGUUCGGAGGCGAGGAAUGGAGCCCGACUUGAAGUCAGACCUUGACUAG